UGUGUGUGAGCGAGGCGGGGAGAGAGAGCAGUAGUGCGGGACUGCCUCAGAUCACUCCUCGGUGCAAUUGGAGGUAGACCGCAGCCGGCAACAUGAUUCUGUUCACACUUGGACUAUAUUUUCAACUCCUCUGCUAUGUGGCAUCAUUCUCUUACAUGGAUAAUAUAUUCCCUCUUCCAACAGAUCUCCAGUUGCUGGAAACCAGGAAGAAAUUCAACCCCUGCUGUUUACUGAGUCCACCUCCGCCCCCUCUCUUCCCUCCACCCCCUUCCCUGUGGCGGCAGGGCCCUCUGACUGAGACUGAUGUUCCACCAAAUGUCCCAUACAAUCCCACACCUCAGACAUGCUCCCCAGGGCCUCCGGGACCAGCAGGACCUCCUGGCCCUCAGAGAAACACUGCUCCGCUGGACCACGUGUCUGCUGACAUGUUCCUCAUGAACCUUAUUUCCCCUCAUCUAGAUCUCCAGUUGCUGGAAACCAGGAAGAAAUUCAACCCCUGCUGUUUACUGAGUCCACCUCCGCCCCCUCUCUUCCCUCCACCCCCUUCCCUGUGGCGGCAGGGCCCUCUGACUGAGACUGAUGUUCCACCAAAUGUCCCAUACAAUCCCACACCUCAGACAUGCUCCCCAGGGCCUCCGGGACCAGCAGGACCUCCUGGCCCUCAGGGUCCUGCUGGACUGCCGGGACCAAAGGGAGAUAAGGGUGAAAUUGGAAGACCCGGACAAAAGGGACGCACUGGCCCUCCUGGUCUCCCAGGACGACAGGGACCAAGCGGAUGGCAAGGACCAACUGGGCCUAAAGGGGAGAAAGGUGACCCUGGGCUGAUGGGAAUGCCAGGGGCAAGAGGACCAAUUGGACCCAAGGGCUUACCUGGACAUAAGGGAGAAAAAGGCUCACAAGGUUUCAGAGGUGAAAUUGGCUUAAAAGGUGACAAGGGAUCAAUGGGUCUUCCUGGAAUGCUUGGCCAGAAGGGUGAAAUGGGCCCAAAAGGAGAACCUGGAAGCUCAGGGAACAGGGGACCCACCGGCCGCCCAGGAAAAAGAGGAAAGCAGGGUGCAAAAGGUGACAUUGGUACAACUGGACCCAUGGGUCCUGCAGGCCCUCAGGGCUCCCUUGGUCACCCUGGCCCUCCUGGUUUGCCCGCCUCAGGACUGUACAUGGUAGGACAGAAAGGAGAGAAGGGACAUCCUGGCAGCCCGGGACGCUGCGGCUGUAAUGCCCCCUCCUUUGACCACUGGGGCAGCUAUCCCAGAGUGCCAGCGAUCUUUGUGGUGAAUAACGAACAGGAGCUGAACCGCCUCCAGACUGAUAAUGCUUUGGCCUUCCGUAAAGAUCAGAGGUCACUUUACUUCAAAGACAUUGAUGGCUGGAUGCCAAUUCAGUUAACACCAUUCCAGUCGAUGGAGCGUGAUCCUGACCAGAAGGGUUUCUGCGGAGACAGCAUCGUGCAAGUUGAGAACGGAGAGGAGUGUGAUGACGGAAAUAAGGUGGUCACAGAUGGCUGUGUCAAGUGCAAACUUGCAUAUUGUGGGGAUGGAUAUCGCUAUGAAGAGGUAGAGGAGUGUGACGGAAAGGAUUUUGGCUUUCACACAUGCAGAUCCUUUUUGCCUGGAUCUUAUGGACAUCUCAAGUGCACAGCUGACUGUUUCAUUGACUCAACAAACUGCAAGUAUUUCACAUGAGGACUA